AUGGCUUCCUACUUAAACGAUUUUGAGGAUGCUCAGAAGUCCGUGUACAUGCUGGAGCCAGCAAGGAAGAAGCUGAAAAAGGGUGUUCCAAACCAUGUUGAAACCCUGAAAGCUUACCACUCCGAAGAGCUUUUUGAUCCUGAAAACACGAGUGUGUUUCCCAGACUGUUAGGUGGAGCUGAGUCGCAGGAUAUUUGUGAUAAGAGAUAUAAGAAGUUCAGAUCAUCAUGGGCUUAUCAACAGCAGAAGAUAGAUGCAGUUUUGUUACAAGAGAGCGAGGGUUUCUACGAUCAGCUCAGGAAAUUCUUGGUGCAUGGAUUCAGCAAUCACGAUUUUGAGAUAAAAAAACUGAAGACUGCGUUGUUGUACAUGGGAUCUAAUAUCUCGAACCAUUCACGGACCAUAGACGACUUCUGCGACUUCUUGAAAACCAAGGAGAAUAAGGUGGUGAUCUCGAGGAUUUCGUCGAGAAAUUGUCCAAGUUUGAUAUUCGCAAUAGGCCAGAUCAUAGGCUGUUCAGAAGCAGCAGCAGAGUUGCAGAGUAUGUCAGAUAACGAGGCCUUUGAGGAACCCCAGCAGGAUCUCAUCACCUCGAAAAAACUCGAUUUGAGUAAUAUGUUUGUUUCUCUGCAGAGAACAAAGAGCUGUUUAACCGUGAUUAUCCAGGAUGCCGAUUCGUUGCCGCCGAAUAUUCUGGAACCUUUGCUUGACUUGCUGAACCAUUCUGCGCCGUUGGUGAGGGUCAGUGUCCUGCUAGGCAUUUCCACCCCACUAAGUGUGUUCCAGGAUAAACUGUCUCGGGAAACUAUACGACAAUUGCACGCCGUUCCAUUCCAAACAAACAAUUCCAAAAAGAUCAUUGACAGGGUUCUGGAGACUGUCCUCUUUAAUACCGAUAGAGUUUCAUACAAUGAUCUCAUCAUUGGUCCCAGAGUCUUGGAUCUGCUCUGGAAGCAGCGUGAUGCCAACGUUUUGAGUGUCACUGCGUUCAUAUCGCUUCUCAAAUUCAUUUUCAUGAUACACUACUAUGAUCAGCCAUUGUCCGUUUUUUGGAGCUUGGACGACACAGAAGAGAUCACACCGGAACAUCUAAAGGUGUUGAGAUCGCUCAGCAGUGUGACCGACUUCAUCUUCCAUGCUGCCAGAGAUCCAGAGACACCUAAAGAGGAGGCCAAGCAAUUGUUCAUGGAUGUUAUGACCAACGAUGAGAUGCUGGUGGAAUUGACGAGGGACACCAAAGACAACUUGUUCACUUGGAUCACAGGGUUUGCAGAGUAUGUCGAUCUGGUGUAUCUCGUUCACCAAUAUUUUGCGACUGGCUCCAAGAAGCGUAUGAGUAAAAUUGAGAUCGCUGCAAAUGUCUAUCGGGCUCCUGAAGGCUUGGUCAAAUCUGAACACUACAAGGAAACGUUGGAUGCACUCGCUGGGGUCUCUUAUUCCGAGAUGUUGACUUUCAUUGAAACCCUUGGAAAGAGCAGAGUUGCAGUGGCAUUGAAAGGCAUUAUAAGAGAUCAACUGGAUCUGGCUGCAAAGGAAUUUGCCAAUAAACCAGAGCUUAAGAAUGUGUCGCUUGCUUCCAAGAGUCUACCCCCAAAAUAUCAGGAGCGUCUGGAGGCGAUAUCCAUUGGCCUAGUGAAGCUACUCUUUCGUUACGAGAACAACUGUCUCAUCCCCCUUCAGAAUGAUGAAAUGGUAGGAAAAGAGAUGUGCACCAUUGACAUACCAUCGGGAAAUCCAAACAAGUCUCUACUUCUUUCCGCAUUCUUUCCCGCAGCUAGAUCUACCAUUCUGAAUGCGCUCCAUGACCCCAGAUUGUACUUGGAAAACAUUCAUUAUAUCAAACCUCCUACUUGUGAAGAUGCCAACUCGGCUGGAAACCAACUCUCCAAAGCGGUGAGACCUAUCCUUACCGAGUUAUUCCAUCUCUAUAGAGAAGCUAACACGGUGAUCAACAUCUAUGACUUUUACCAGGCAUUUCAGGCAAACUUCCCUAGAGAAAAUGUGGUGGAUGCUUUGGUGUCUAUGUUGGAUUCGGCGGAUUCGUCGUCGGUACUAGAAGACCUGGCUACCAGAAAGAAUCUCCUUCUCCUUCUCAAAACUAUACAAAGCGAUAACGGCAAAGAAUCCGAACUGGCUUGGGAUAAGCUAUCGCUGGCGUUGUUUUACCAAGGCGUGGCUGAAAUGCAGAUGUUGGGCCUAGUCAGAGAUGCUAGAGGAGGCAAAACGGAAAUUCUUGAUAAACUUAUCUGGAAAGAUCUUUAG